UCCCUUCCCGCUUUCGCCAGCGCUCAGAUCCUCACUCGGCAAGGGCAUCUCGGAGAAGAUUGUUCGCACGCUUGACGCGACAGCGUCCUCUGAGGCUCUGCGCUUCCGAGAGAUCCGCUCCACAAGCUCCCGGAGUAAUGCGCUCCAGCUGCUGACACCUCCUCCCAGCUCCUUCACCUCUCCGCCCUCUCCUCGCCGGAAGGCUGGUAAUUCAGGGUUCUCGCCGUACGGGCCGCUAUAUGAUGACCCAGCCGCUCCUCGUCCUCCUCCUGCUGUGGCUUUGGACCUGCUUUCCAGCUCCAUCUGCUGCCCUACGCAGGUCUGCUACCCAGAUGUCCCCUCUGAGAACCGGAAAGGCAGAGACACGGGGCAAGGGACAGCCAAGCGUCCUCGCGCCCAGCCCGGCCCCCGAACUGGCAUUCCUGGCAGAUGUGGUGGGCGGGAACCGGCUGUGGAUAAUCGCAGCUCCCUCACGUGAUAACCACUACCUGCGCAUGAUGGAGCAGCAGGUCCAGGACAUGGAGGCGGAGGGCCUGACCUGUCGGCUGGCUGCCAGGGAAACGCUUAUCCUCAAGAUCAUCCACGACGCUACGACGGAGGGCACGCUGCGCCGACCGAGCGCCCAGGGUGGCAUCACGGAGGAGCCCCUGGACCCAGACACGGUCAGCAAGCUGGUGCACCGCUUGGAGCUGCCGGAGCAGGCUUUCAGCAUGGCGCUUCUGAAGAGGAACUUGCAAAUCAGCGAACGCUUCCCCUACCCGGUGCGUGUCGAGGCCGUGCUAGAGGCCAUAGACCAGCUGCCCCUGCGCAAGCUUGAGAGCCUCACCGGCAGGGCCUCCAGGGCCAGAUGUAAGGGUCUCGGGAGGAAGGGCCGGAGGAAUGGCUUCAGCCCGCUGAGGAAGGGCCGCGUCACCCAGGUGGUGCCCAGGCCCCGGAAGACCGUCGGCAAACAGGCGGCUCUGAGGAGCAAGGUCCAGGACAUCCUGAACGGUCGCUCCCGCUUUGUGAUCCGCAAGGGCCACCAGGGUCCCGGAAGGCGAAGAAUGAGGCCUGCGGGGGGCGCCGCCGACAAGCGUGGAACCGGCGCGCCCCGGGAGGAAGGGCCGAGCGUUCAAGAUACGGCGGCUAAAGCCGGAGAGACGAGGGAGGGGGCGAAGCCGAGCGGGGGCUCGGGAGGGGAAGAGAGCUCCGGAGCUGCCAAACCUGCGAAGAAAGGGAAAGGCGGGAAGAAGGAUGGGAAGAGGAAGAAGGGAAAAGGCAGAGAAAGGAAGGCCCAGCGGGACGUGGUGGAGAAAGAGGGAAAUGUAGCGCGGGGCUUCCUAGAAAAGCUCCGGGGGAAGAGAAGGCUUCUGGUCAUUUCUGCCCCCAGCGAAGACGCUCCGCAGUUCAGCCGGCAGAGGGCCGAGAACGAGCAGCACGGCUGCGAGCUUGCCGUAAGGAUGGUAUCCGUGGUAACCAUUCUGGGCCCCACGAAUUACGCCACCCUAUCUCUGCAGCACUACACUACAGGGGCAGAGUCCUCCCAGGGGUCAGUCCCAGAGAAGUCCACGAAUCAGGAUGUGAUCUCGCAGCUGCGCGGGGACUACGGCCUGCCCCCCCAAGGCUUCUCUGUGCUGCUCGCCGACUAUGACCUCGGGUCACAGAAGGUUUUCGACGCUCCCGUCGCCGGCUCCGUGUUGAUGGCCUACAUCGAUUCCUUCCCAUCGAGGCAGUCUGACACGGGGAAGGGGAGUACAGCCGAACUUUCUUGCUCUUGGCUACACCACCAGGGCACCGCUGAAAGCUCCCUGUCGAGGUUUGUGUCUAAGAGACGACUGCUCAUCAUUUCUGCUCCCUCCGAGGAUGACUCCUCCUUCCAGCAGCAGCUGCGGGCGCUGAGCGGUCAGGCCUGUCCGCUGGGAAUACGGCACUUUGCUCUGCUGAAGCUGGUGGGAGAAGGACCUUCAGCUUCUGGGUCUCUGGAGCUCUUUCCUUUGAACGGCAAGAGUCAGGCCGAGAACGAGUUGCUUGCGCACGACGUGGUGAACGGGAUGCGGGAGCAGCUGAAGAUCAGCCGUGACUAUUUCAGCAUGGUGGCGGUGGGCAAGAGCGGCGAAGUCGAGGCCUGGUUCCCUACGCCCAUGUGGUCGCUCUCCAACAUCUACGACCUGGUGGACUCAACAGAACAACGCCAACAGGAGAUGAAGCUACAGAGCACCCUGGGAAUCCACUGCCCUGAGGAGGGUGAAGGUGGGACUGAGGAUGUCCCACCAAGAAGGUUACCAGUAUAAGUGAUCAGAUUAAGAGCGAUCUUAGUGAGUGAGCCAAUAAACCUAAGUAAUAGUCAUUGACCCUGAACUGGCCUUGAGUACAUUUAUAUUUAUUCAUAUAGCUGACGCUUGUUUCCAAAGCGACUUAUAAUGUUAAGCUGCUUAUAAUUAUUUACCCUUUUAUGCAGCGGGGUAAUUUUGGGGUAGGUAUCUUGCUGAAGGGUACCACAGCAGGUGAUCAGACUCAAACCCGCAACCUGAGGCAACAGCUCUACCCACGAUGCCACCAGCUGCCCCCAUAUGUGUACAUGUAGGAGCUCUGCUGUUUCACGUUGUGAAAGGUACUUAUGCCACGUUAUAUACUAUUGCUUCACGACUGUAAGUUAUGUAAAUUGCUUUGCUUAGAGCACUUCAUCAGCAACUUGUAAUGUUGUGAAAUCUGGGGUUUUACAGCACCGCGGAUCAGUGCCUUCUAGCGGCUUCUAGCGGAACCAAAAUCCGCGGUGUGAACUUUGUCCGAUCAAGAACUUUCCGUCAGUUUCAUUUUUAUUAACACUAUGAAGAAAAAAAGAAAAAAGAAAUUUCAAGCAUGUCUGACGUCACUCGAAUGGGAGUAUAAUGAUAAAAUGUCACCCAAAAGAAACGUCAGAUGUCGGUACAACAAAGUGCCUUUGCACUCAUUCGAAAUAAUAAGGUGAAUAUGCAGUAUGUGCAAAAUUUACCUUCAUUUAUCUAAACCAGGACAUAGGACUCAAAGGAACAAAUGUACAGUUGUAUGA